GAUCCCUCUUUGAGACUGCCACUGUCUGCCUUCUGUUGUAUUGCUCUAGCUCGCUCGAGUAAAUUUUUGCGGUAUUCUUCUUCAGCUUUUUUUUUUUUAAUUUCUUGUAAUUAGAUGGAUCGUGGGAUUGCUUCUAGUAGCAGAGAUGGAUCUCAGACUGCUUCGCCUGAUGCAUUGGCAUUCAAGAAUAUUAAAAAUCCUAUCAAGAAGCAGAUCAAUGGUUGUGGCACAAUCUGUGUUAAACAAGAUGAUGAUCCAUGCCAUUUCUUGCGUCUUCUUUAUGAGAGUCUAAUAGCAGGAGGAUUAGCUGGUCUUGUGGUAGAAGCUGCUCUAUACCCAAUUGAUACUAUCAAAACUCGAGUGCAGGUAGCUCGAGAUGGAGGGAAGAUUAUAUGGAAAGGGUUAUACUCUGGUCUGGGUGGCAACCUUGCUGGUGUCUUACCUGCUUCUGCCUUAUUUUUCGGUGUAUAUGAACCUACCAAACAGAAGCUGCUCAAGGUUCUACCUGAAAAUUUUAGCGCGGUUGCACAUUUGGCUGCAGGUGCUUUAGGAGGUGCUGUUUCAUCUAUUGUUCGUGUACCAACCGAAGUUGUUAAACAGCGGAUGCAAACUGGACAAUUUGCUUCGGCCCCUGAUGCUGUUCGACUUAUUAUAGCCAAAGAAGGAUUUGGAGGCAUGUAUGCGGGAUUCGGAUCUUUCUUGCUGCGAGAUUUGCCUUUUGACGCUCUUCAGUUUUGUGUAUAUGAGCAGUUACGGAUUGGAUACAAAUUAGCUGCGAGAAGAGAUUUAAAUGAUCCAGAGAACGCAAUGCUUGGUGCAGUUGCUGGUGCUGUUACUGGGAUUUUGACCACUCCUCUAGACGUAAUCAAAACCAGACUAAUGGUUCAGGGCGCAGGGAAUCAGUAUAAAGGGGUCUCGGAUUGCGUUAAGACGAUAUUGAGAGAAGAAGGGUCAUCAGCUUUGUGGAAGGGAAUGGGCCCGAGGGUUUUGUGGAUAGGUAUUGGAGGUUCAAUUUUCUUUGGAGUUCUGGAAAAGACAAAACAGAUUCUUUCAGAUCAGAGCAGCCAAAAGAUUCAUAAGGCUUAAACUGUUAGAUUCUACUUCUGAGUGAGAUUCUACAUCAAUGAUGUAGAUAUCUAAACUCUUUACGUUUCUUGCUUGAUUUUAAGGCCAUCUCUUCUAUUUUUCUAUCAGUCUCUACCUUUAUUAUCCUUUUGCUCCAUAAGGACUUCGUUUCUUCCGGAAGGAUUGCGAUCUUGGUGGCUUAUUUGUUUAAUUUCAAGUCCAAUAUUAU